UUGUCAUUGAUCAUUGAUCUAGUUAACAGUUCCAAUCUGGUUCACAAUACUAAUAUUCUCGCACUGGAAAGACACCGACUGCAGGUUUGCACGUAGCUGGCGAAAUGGAAAUGGUGCCAGAGCUGGAAAGUAAGCAUGUCCACAUCAGGGAUCCCGAGUUUGUGAAGAAAGCCAUUGAACACAUGACUAAGGAUGGAGCAAGUAAACUACAGGUGGUGGCUGACUUUGACAGCACACUGUCCAAACACAAGCACCGAGGCCAAGUGUGUGCAACAUGUCACAAUGUGUUGGAGGAAAGCCAUGUCAUGCCAGAUUUCUUCAAAGAUCAGGCCACUGCACUCCGCAAUAAAUACAUGCCUCUAGAAUUCAGUCAUGAUCUCACUGUAGAAGAGAAGAUUCCCCUUAUGAUAGAAUGGUGGACAUCAGCUCACGAGCUAAUGAUGAAGUGUCAAAUAUCUAAGGAUGGCAUUGUCCAGAUGGUCAAGGAGUCCUCCUCACGGCUCAGAGAUGACUGCCUGUGGUUCUUCGAUGAACUGCACCAGCACCGCAUCCCCUUACUGAUAUUCUCUGCCGGGAUAGGCGACAUCAUCGAGGAGGUCAUCACGCAACAGGCUCGCAUGCUCGACAACAUGAAGAUUGUCUCCAAUUUUAUGGAUUUUGAUAGUGAGGGUAAACUAAUUGGCUUCAAAGGUGAGAUGAUUCACACCUAUAACAAGAACGAGAACGCUGUCCACAAGUCAGACUACUUCGAGCGACUGAAGCACCACGAGAACCUCAUCCUGCUGGGCGACUCCCUGGGCGACCUGAGGAUGGCCGAGGGUGCUGAGGUCACCCACAUGCUCAAGAUCGGAUUCCUCAACCACCAUGUGGAAACAAAUCUCAAACCCUACAUGGAAAGCUAUGACAUCGUCAUCCAGGAAGAUGAGACAAUGGAUGUCGUCAACGCAGUGCUAAAGAAAAUACUUGGUCAAUGACCAUGUUGAUACAUAGGCACCUUGGAUUUAAGAAGGAAUUGAAUUCCUAGAAACCAUUUGCAAGAUAUUUGAUCUUGGCACUGCAUCUGUGUUGAGAUGACGUAUCUGGAGGAUAUUGUAGACUGAGCAUGUCUAGCCUCAACAUUAUAUGUAUAUAUAAUGCUGUGUAUGAAAGUAUCAGAUGAAAGAUGGGUAGAGUAUUGUAUCAUGUUAAUGUAAAUACAAGUUUUAUUAAGCUGAUGUUCUUAUAUGUAUGCUCAGGGCUUUCAGUAUUACAUAUAUCAAAGAAUAACGAUGGAUAGUGAAUAUAUUGAGGUCUGGGAAUAUAUGUCUCCAUGUGUCUAACAUGGACUAAGAUAUUUUCUGUUUUCAUUUCUCUCAGUUUCAACUGUUGACAUGGUAGAGAUCUGAAAUCGAUUUACUUUUCAUCUACUUCCUUGAUCAAAAUUUGAAGCAAUGUAUUCUUAGGCAGUCAUGGAAAUGACUUUCCCAAUAUUGGUGAAAAAUUGUUGCAAAAGGGUUCAGUUCAUUGAAAUGGCAUUUGUCAUAUAAAUGAUGGAGCCAACACUAAACUGCAUUCAUCUAUGUUUCAACAGUGUGUCAACACAACAGAGAGAUCCGGCAUUGCAUGGGGAAGGGGAUUUUUGUUCAUGUUACUGCAAGGAAUAUGUUUGCUUCCAUUUUAAUGUCACUUCAUCCCCUGAACUCGGUAUGAGCAGCAGUGUACUUGUAGACAAAUACUGUCACUAUUACAGGACUUGUAUGUCAGAAGUCACAUUGUGUAAUCCCUGCAGUCAUGUCAUGUAGAUGGAUAUUGCUUGCUGUAGGGCAUUACGAUACAUAUCAGAUUCCAUGACUUGUUACUUUACUUGAGUCAAGAUGAUAUAUAUCAUGAUACUGAAUUUGUGCCAUUUUUGUGUGAAAUCCUUCUACCAAACUUUCUUGCAAUAAAUGUAAAAUUUGGGCUUGGAUUGAUGGUAUUAUGCAAUUAGAUUUAGCUUUCCUUACAAGUGGUAAGGUGAUGGUAGCCAGGUCGUUGCAAAACUUUGUUUCUUUUUAAGAUCGAUACAGAACUUAAUCAUGAAUCAAUACAUAGGUGGGUGUAUCAUGUAUCAUGUAUCAUAUGAUUACAUGUAAAUUUGCCUUGAACCAACAUAUCAGUGAAGCUUGCCAUCCCUUGUUUGUAGCUAUUCAAUGGACCAAUGUCUGCCAUUGUUUCCUGAACAAUCCUUACAGUUGAUCAGAAUCUCAGUAACAAAGUCAUACUUUUGUUGAAUUUCUGUUGAAAUGGUUAUAAUUUUCAACCAAUGAUAACUCAUGUUAAAUGGAUGAUGGUUCUGAAAACACCAAUUUGAAUUUCUCUCAUCCUAGUGUAAGUAAAUAUAUUUUGUGGUGUUCAUACUAAAUGUCGUCAGAGGAGUUUGAUCCAGUUGCUCCACAAUUACAAUGGGAACUGGAACUAAUGGAAGUGUUGUAUGCUAAGUGAAUGCUGGACUGACCUGCCUCUUAGUCUAUCUGGCGUGUUCAUGUGGGUGGUGGGUGUACGAGGCCAGAGGAGUGCUGUUCCCACGGGGCAUCAUGCAGGAUAACUGUUGAACAGAAAACCACAAUCAUUUCGUUCUCAUUGGAAUUUGUUGUGCCCCAGAUAAUCCUUGUUUAGACCAAAUGUAUCUAUUAUCUUAUAUUUUUCAGGUCCCAUAUAAGUUUGUUGUUUUUUAAAUCUUCAACAUGGUUACAUGUGUACAAUCCUUUAUUGCAGCUUAAUGACCCUUUACCAUCUUUUUUUACCAUCAUUUUUGUAAAGGCUUUUUUAGCAACAUCAGCAGUGUUAAGUUAAUGGAUUGUUGUGUUUAACAAUAUGCUGUUAACACUGUGGUUUAUGUUUUCAUUCUUGUUUUUUCAUUGUUUUCAUGAUUAAACUUUAUGAAGUACUCUGGCCAUAUUUUGAGACUGCUAUUUACAUUUAUUUGGUACAUGUACAUUCAGAGCGUUGUUACAUCUAGAUUUACUUGUCAUAAAGUUGCUUUUGUGUUUGGUUCGUUCAACAAGUAGCAAACACUAUCUCUAUGAACAAAUACUUAAAUGAAAGUGGUUGUGAAUUACUUCUGUUUUCUGUUACAUACACAAAAGAAGGUAAUAAAACGCAAAGUACACUACUCUUCAAAAUGAACCUCCCCUCUAUUGUGACUGAAUCAAAGUGUUUGCACCCUGGUCAUGGUUGUAGAGACAGUUGUGGGAAACUAGUCAAAACAAACUUCUAGUGAUUGCAACUAUGGUGCAUAAGGCAAUAUGUUGAACACAAGAUGUUAUAGGGCUGACAUUUACUUUGAAAGGGAGUGUAUACCAAUGUUUUGUACUCACUGGCAAUCUGCAACUUUCACUUCAGUCAAAUGUAAGAUUUACACCAGCUUUGCAAUGGCUGUUGCAAGGUGGUAGGACUAUGACAAUAUUGUGUGAGUAGAUGCUGCAGUUCCCUCUGUUGUGAGGUCUGUGCUUGAUGUGUCGUGCCCCAACACUGUAGCAGUAGGUGACCAUUAUUCCACAUCUUCUCACCGAACUAGUCAACAUUUACACUUACAACAUUACACGCUGCUGAUUAUCAUGUAAUAUCUUGUUAUUUGUUGACAGUUUUAGCCAUGUGGAAUAAGACUGUUUACAAAUAUUGAACUGAACAUCUCGAUUAUCCAUUGUAUCAUAUCUCCAAUCUAUUAUAAUAGAUAUCAUGGAUCCAUUCUCCACAAUGGCUUCAUUUCCGAGGUGACGUCACAAGCCCCAUCUCUCUUGUCACCUGCAGAAUUUAUCUGGCUAAUGAUCUUGAAAUCAAAACAUUUUUUCAGUAUAGAUCUACAUUCAAAAUCUGGUCUGAGCAAGCUUUCAAUAUUUUAAUUUGAACACGAUCCCAUUACAAAAGAAAUCUUAGCUAUGAAAGAUGCUUUGAUGAGUACUUAGGCAGAUGAGGGAAGUUCUUACUCUACAACACAUGUAAUGGCAAGGUGAGGCAACAGUUGAGCCAAGUACUUGUGACGUCAUCACUUGUUUCAUUCAUUAAAGAACGCUGUUAUUUGAUUGGAUGUCUAUUUUUACCAUUGUGUCAUUAAAAUCAGACUGGAAACAGGUCUGGUGAUUGAUA